AUGGGGCCCCCGGGCAAUAGGGGAUCAUGGGGCCCCUGUAUCCUUGCCCAAACUCAAAAAAGCCUAUGAAAAAGAUAUGUUGUAUGGGUAAAAACAACAUGUGAAACACACAAUCAUUUAAAGUAGAUCUAAACUUAAAUAUUGAACCUUUGCUAUGUUACAGGGGACCAGGGGUGGACUGAAAACUCAUGGGGCCCCCGGGCAAUAGGGGAUCAUGGGGCCCCUGUGUCCUUGCCAAACUCAAAAAAGCCUAUGAAAAAGGUAACAGGGGCAUCUCAUGGGGCCCCCUACUGACCCGGGCCCUCGGGCAGUGCCCGAGUUUCCAAAUGGUCAGUCCGCCCCUG